AUGGAUAAAUCGGUGUCUAUCUUCAAUCAUCCUCCACCUUCACAUCACAUUCCUCCAAAUAUGGCUUAUGUAAAUAACGUACUAGCCGCUCAAAACGAUGCCAUUUAUAGAAGACAUUGCAACCUUACAAUGCCGCUCCAACAGCUUCGUCACGCAUCUCGGGAAGACGCUAUACUUCGUGAUGAACUGAGAGAAACUCGUAGGAGAUUGACAAUGAUGGAGAGAAGAAUCGAAGAGUUUGAGAACCAGGUACAUCCCAAUAAAUCCAGACCUCCCACUAACCUGAAACGAGGAUAUGAAACUGCGUUACGCGAAAACUCUGCUCAAAAUAUGAGACCACAGCAUCCGCUUACAAAUGUCCCUAUAGACAAGCCGACUGAUCCUGAUCUGGCAUCUUGGCUCAUACAGCAGGUGAUUACACAAACAAAGUAA